AUGAUGAUUAAUGGUGAACCGAUUCUAAGAAUAAAUCAACGUUCCAUCGCCGAUGAACCAUUAGAUUCUAUCGAUCGUAAUAAUUAUCAUAAUCUUAUUCAAUCGAUAUGGGUUGGUGUUGUCCAUUCUACUCCUAGUCUAAUCAAUUAUCAAUGCGUUGAUAUUGUCAAUACUGUUUUAGAUAAUGUUAUUGAAUGUUCAAAAAGAUUAGCAAUGACUCAAGAACUGAUCGAAGAACUUUUUCCUUUAUUAAAACCUAUCAAAAUGACGAAAAAGAUUUUCAAAUUAUAUAAAGAACUGGUGGAAGAAUGGAUGGAAGUCAAUCACUAUGUAGAUACUUAUCAAGUGUGUCUCAACACUGCAAAAUUGAAAUGGCGUUCACCAAUUGAAAUUGUUCUGUUAGAUCUUUGA